AUGUUCGGUGCCUUCAGAUCCACGCUUGUCGCCUACGGUGGCUACUUGUGGAAGAAAGCCCCUAGACUUUCACAGCCCCAGAAGCAGAGACUCAGAAGACGUAUGCAGCUUGUGGACCGUAACAUCGAGGUUCUCUACCAAUCCUUGAAACAAGAGAACUCUGCAUCCACUGGCUACAAGAAGAUCGACGCCUUGAAAUUUGACUUCCCUAAGGAGAAUGAGAUGCUCACCAAGGACAAGUACACGGCAUUUGACAAGAAGGUCCGUGGCUACAGAAAGUCCGUUCACUUUGUUCCAAAAUGGACAAAGAAGUCUUUCAGAGACCACCCCAAAUACUUCUAG